GCACAGCAACAUGUCCACCUCUGAGCGCCUGGAGGUAGUCGAGCAUGACGAAGCAGGGAACAUAACUUCCACAUACAUCGCAUCGGGCGAGUCACGUGUCGAUGUCGUUCUACCCAAAGACACGAAGAGCUAUGCUCAUCAAAUACUUGAUGUGUUUUUACCAGUAGGGUACCCGCAGAGUGUAACGGAGGACUACAUACAGUAUCAGAUCUAUGAUUCACUGCAAGCCUUCUCCUCCUCCAUAGCCGGCCUUCUUGCCUCUCGCGCCGUCCUCGAAGGCGUCGGCGUAGGCGACUCAACCGCCUCUCCCACCAGCGCACUCCUACUAUCCAUCCUCCAAGAAUCGAUGGGCCGACUCGCCACGAUCCUCUUCGCACACCGUCUCGGCACCUCCCUCGAGCCAGAAUGCAAGAUGUACCGCUUAGCAGCCGACAUCUUCAACGACACUGCCAUGAUCCUCGACUGCCUAUCCCCCGCCUUCCCAAAGCCGGCACGCGUGAUGGUGCUGAGCUUCUCGAGCUGCCUGAGAGCUCUGUGCGGAGUAUGUGCUGGGUCCGCGAAGGCGAGUCUGAGUGCGCAUUUUGCCAAGAGAGGGAAUCUAGGGGAGUUGAAUGCCAAAGACUCAAGUCAAGAGACUGUCAUCAGCCUGUUAGGUAUGCUGGCGGGUAGUGUGGUAGUGAGCUGGGUGACGACGCCGAUGGCGACGUGGGCUACGCUCAUUGCUUUGCUGUCGGUGCAUUUGGCGACGAACUAUGCUGCGGUGAAGGCUGUCAGUAUGACGAGUUUGAACAGACAACGCGCCAACAUCGUCUUCAAUCAUCUUCUCGACAAUCCGAAGGCACAAGUCUUGAGCCCAAAAGACGUUUCGAAACAAGAGCGCAUCUUUGAAACCGAUGGUGCGCUAAGAUGUUGUCACGGGGUCAUUGGGUACUGCAAGAUCGGUGUCAGUCUGCAGACGCUGCUGGGCCGCAUCAACCUUAUCGGUCACACCAGGACAGGAGCAUUCAAAGACUUACCUGUCAAGCUGUCGGACUUUGUGGAAGUCUUUGCUGGCGAAGGCUACAUUCUGUGGCUCAACGAUAUGCGAACGAGAGAAGUUUUGAUUGUUCUAAAGAAGGACUGUGCCGCCAUAGAUCAGCUCAAGGCAUGGGUACAUGCUUUGAUGCUUGUGCGGCUGCGAAGUCAUGAUUUGCUGUCGUCCUUCCGUAGAGACGAGGACGAGGGAUUUGACGUACCAAGACUCGCCGAGCUCAGACACACCUUAGAGCAGAGGAGAAAGCUGUUCGACAAGUACGCUGCAGCAUUGAAGAGCAAAGGUUGGGACCUGGACAUCGCUGCAUUAGAGACACGAGCGGGUGUACGAGCA